GGUGGGUUUCCGUGGUGGUUGGGUCAAAUGGUAUUUGCCUCCAGCUGGUAUGUUGAAUUAAACUCUGAUGGGGCUUCCAAAUGUAAUCCAGGUCUGGCAAGAGGAGGUGUGGUGGUUAGAAAUGAAUGGGAAAGGUUGUUAUUGGCAGCUUCUUUCUUUUAUGAGAAUGCUCUAACAUGGUUGCUGAAUUCAAAGCCUUACUGGAUGGAUUGAAGCUGGUGCAAAGAUAUGGGUUGUUGUCUUAUAACAUCAUGGUGAAAUGUGACUCUCUAGUUCUGGUUAAUUCUAUUUUGGGUGUUUGUGAGUGUGUCUGGCCUCUUUUGGGUUUUUUGGAUCAAAUUAAGGAGUUAUUGAGCCAUGGAAAGUUUCAAGUUUCUCAUAUUUUUAGAGAAACUAACUGUGUUGCUGAUAGAUUGGCCAGUCAUGUUGUGCUGUCCAGGAGAACUACUGAUUUUUCUGUUGAGUUGAACGUACCUUUUGAUGUUAGAUGCUUUCUAACUUGUGCUUAUGUUUAGUUUUACUCUGAUCUGGAAGUUGCUUGUGUUGAUUCGGCUUUGCUGGAGCUACUGCCAAUUGGUCUGUGAGCUGGAAUGGAGUUUUGCCUUCUGGAAUUUUGUUUUAAAUUGUUUGGCUUUGUUGGAGCUUUUGCUUAUGUUUAAUUAGCUUCUUG